GAAGAAGAAGAAGAAAGAGACAAAGGCUCCGGUGCUCCGAUGUUGAAGCACAACUGGGUUGCUUUCUUUGUGGUGGUUUUAUGGGGUUUCAGAUUCAGAGCUAUAGAUGCCAGUGCUGGUGAUGCUGAUCCUCAUUAUAGGGCUUGUUUACAACAAUGUGAAGAAACUGGAUGUGUAGCGCAUAGAUGCUUUCCACAUUGUAAUUUCUCUUCAGGUGGGGUCUCUGUUGAUGGGCCAUGGUUCCUGCAAGAACCUCUUUAUUUGCAGUGGAAACAAUGGGACUGUCAGAGUGAUUGCCGUUACUAUUGUAUGGUUGACAGAGAAAAAGAAAGAGAAGCAGCUGGUUAUGGCCCGGUUAAAUAUCAUGGUAAAUGGCCCUUCAAGCGUGUUUAUGGAAUCCAGGAGCCUGCCUCUGUAGCUUUCUCUGCACUCAACCUUGCUAUGCAUUUUCAUGGUUGGGUUUCAUUUAUCAUCCUUUUAUUGUAUAAGUUACCAUUGAGACGAGAUAAGAAGGUGUAUUAUGACUAUGCCAGUUUGUGGCAUAUAUAUGGUUUCUUAGCCUUGAACAGCUGGUUCUGGAGUGCUGUUUUCCAUAGUAGAGACGUCGAUUUGACCGAAAAAUUAGACUACUCAGCUGCAGUGGCAUUAAUUGGGUACUCGCUCAUUCUUGCCAUACUCAGAAGUUUUGACGUGAGGCACGAUGCUGUCAGAGUUAUGGUUGCUGCUCCGCUGCUUGCUUUUGUAACUACCCACAUAUUGUAUCUCAACUUCUAUAAACUGGAUUAUGGUUGGAACAUGAAAGUUUGUGUUAUCAUGGCGGUGGCUCAACUUCUUAUUUGGGCGGUUUGGGCUGGUAUCACUCGCCAUCCAUCUCGUUGGAAAUUGUGGUUGGUAGUAGUCGGAGGUGGGCUUGCAAUGCUCCUAGAAAUCUAUGAUUUCCCACCGUAUGAAGGAUUUUUGGAUGCUCAUGCGGUCUGGCAUGCCACCACCAUUCCCUUAACUUACAUUUGGUGGAGUUUUAUCAGAGAUGAUGCUGAGUUCCUAACCUCUAACCAAGUAAAGAAGUUGGCUAAGAAAGCAAAAUAGAGUUAUUUUGAGAUAUUCCACCAUGUGAUGCUUGAGCAUGUAACCCUCGGCUCUAUUAUUGUGCUGGAAAAUGAAAUUUUCCCCUUAGUUUCAUCUGAUUUGUAUUGCAAAAUGAAAUGAAACAGUUGUUAUAGGAUACUGAUUGCAGUUGUAUUUAGAGAUGCUGUAGUUUUGUUUUCCUUUGGUGGUAAUCUUGUUUGCAUUAUGAGACUAUCAGAAAGACUUGCAGUAAAUUUUCACUUUUAUUU